AUGUCUGCCCAGGUCCCCACCUACACCGCCCUGUCGGAUAUCUACUCGACGGACCUGCUCCGCCACAGCCCCGACUUCAUUGCGCGCUCGCCCGGUCGCGUCAACAUCAUCGGCGAGCACAUCGACUACUGCGGGUUCCCGGUCUUCCCGAUGGCCAUUGUGCCGGACUGUCUGAUUGCAGUCAAGGUGACCGACGGCAGCGCCGUGAAGCUGGCCAACAUCAAUGGCGCCAAGUAUCUGUCUCGCGAGUUCACGUAUGACCCGGCCGACAUUGUGGCCAUCGACAAUUCGACCCACGACUGGGCGACGUACUUCAAGUGCGGGUACAAGGGCGCCCUGGAGGCAACCAAGAUCACCAAUCCCAAGGGCAUGCUCUGCAUGAUCGAUGGCACGGUGCCUGCUGGCAGCGGCCUGUCCAGCUCGUCUGCGUUCGUGUGCAGCUCGGCGCUGGCCACAAUGCGCGCCAACAACAAUGUCCUGCCGCAGAAGGAUAUUGUCGAGACCAGUGUUGCGGCCGAGCGCUACUGCAACGUCAACGGCGGCGGCAUGGACCAGUGCUGCAGCAUCAUGAGCAAGCUGGGCUCGGCGCUGUUCAUCGAGUUCCACCCAGAGCUCAAUACCACGCCUGUGGAGUUCCCCAAAACCAACCCGCAGAUCGCCUUCGUUGUUGCCAACACCAUGGUCACCUCUGACAAGGCUGUCACUGCGCCUGUGUGCUACAACCUGCGCGUCGUCGAGACCCGCAUUGCUGCGCUGAUGCUGGCUAAGUACCUGGGCAUUGCCGACCGCCCUGCCUGCAGGGACGUCGAUCCGCUGACAUUCAAGGUUGUCAUGGAUGAGUUCUUUGCUGACCAGGACACCGCCGGCAAGGAUGUGGUGCGGGUGUGGAUCGAGCGACUCACCGCCAUGCUGGCGUCGGCAACCGAGUUCUUCGGUGCUCAGCCCGAAGGGUACACGCGCGAGGAGUGCGCGGCGUACCUUGGCCUUUCGGUCGAUGCCCUCGAGAAGAAAAUACACGCCGACCGUUUCCCGGUGCGCGCCGACCGCUUCAAGCUGCUGCAGCGCUCGCAGCACGCGUACUCGGAGACCCUGCGUGUGGUCAAGUUCCGGGAGAUCUGCGAGUCGACCGACGCAUCCACUGACUACUUCAAGGCCCUGGGCGAUCUGAUGAACCAGAGCCAGGACAGCUGCCGCGAUCUGUUCAACUGCAGCUGCCCCGAGCUCGACGAGCUCUGCUCCAUUGCGCGCAGCGCGGGUUCGCUCGGCUCCCGCCUCACCGGCGCUGGCUGGGGCGGCAGCUCCGUGCACCUUGUCCCGCAGGAUAGGGUUGAGCAGUUCAUUAUGGAAGUCAAGGAGAAGUACUACGCCAAGAACCUGCCUCACGUCCAGGGCCAGGAUCUCGACGAUGCUAUUUUCGCGACCACCCCUGGCAGCGGUGCCGCUAUUUUCGAGCUUGAAGAGUAA